UGGGCUGCCUGUGUAAACCAUCAAAGAGCUAACAAAAGCUGGAUGGCUCGUGAAGAAAAAGGACUUCCUUUGAACCGGGAAGAACAUGGACCCGUUUUUUUAGGUGCUGGGGUCAUACACGCUUUUCUCCGAAUUGUCACAUGGCAUGCAUGGCCAUUACGAUGCAUUUAGAUAUGGGAGAGAUAGAAAAUGAACCAGUGCGACCAAAAAUGAAGGAUGCAAAGGGUAUUCUCCAACAGAACCGCGAGUUCCUGGACUUCUUCUGGGAUAUCGCUAAACCUGAACAAGAUAUACGGCUGAAGGCCAUUGAAAAUCUUAUACAAUAUCUGAAGAAGAGUGAAAAGCCAGAUGAGCUGAAGUACACUCUGAAGAGACUGGUGGAUGGCUUGGCACACACCAGAGAAGCUGCCCGGCCAGGCUUCAGUUUGGCUUUGGGACAGGUCCUGAGCGUGUUUGAGGAGGUAUCUCUGCGUACCUCAUUUGAUCAAAUCAAAGAGAAGCACAACUUGGCGACAGUGAAAAAGAAACUCAUCAGAAAUGCUGCUUUUGGGAACUUCUUUGGUGUGCUUGCCUUGUCUCAGUCCACACGCCUUCCAAAGGAGCCACAGGUGGUGCUGGAGUGUGUCCAGCUCCUCCAGAGCCUCUCGCUUCACAGAGAACACCUGCGGGACCUUCCCAGGAAGACCAUGGUGGACAUCUUGUCUGAGACGUCAGAGGAGGUGUUUGAGGAGGUGCUGUUGGGAGCUCUGCAGACAGACCUGUCCUCCGCCUUCAGCACCCCCGAGCAGCUGCAGCUCCUCCUGGUGGCCAUGCAGAAGUUCCCCCAGGUGCUCAAGCCCAAGAAGCUGAAGAAGCUGCUGGGCACCUCCACAAUCAUUACUGUGGACAAUAUCCCUAAGUUAACAGAGGUACUGAAGAUGGCGGCCCGCUCUGUCAAAAAGGACCGCCUGCUGCCUGCGGUGGCUCUGGACCUGCUGCAGAUCUCUCUGAAGGAGGACAAGUUUGAGCUCUUUUGGAGGGAGACAAUAAUCAAUGGAAUGUUGAAAGACCAGCCAGGGCCCACACAUUACCUGAGCUACCGGCUGCUGGGCAGUUCCCUGCCCUUUCUGACCCUGGUCCAGCUGAAACAGGUGCUAAAUGGAGAGGUGAUGAGGGCCUACGGGGAACACGUGGUCUCUGCUCAGCUCCCAGACCGCUUUAAGUUUGCCCCCGAGAUGGAGACGUACGUGGGCGACUUCCUGCAGGGCUGCGAUGAACCGGAGAAGCAGCUGGCGGUGGUGGUGGCCUUCUCCCUGCUCACCAACCAGGGCUACCCCGUGGUGCCCUCCUUUUGGAGGGUUGUGCAGCACCUGCGGCCCACCGCCCUGCAGAGCUACGUGGACUGGCUCAAAGACAUGUUCCUCAACCCCCAGCUGGAAAGCUGCCUGGACUUCAGCACCCGCAGGCAGAAGGAGAACCAGGAGGGCGGAGUCCAGAGAGAGAACUGUAUAUUCCGUCUGAGGAAAUGGAUCAUUCCGCGCCUCACCUCCAUCGUGGAGAACAACCAGCUGAAGAGAGAGGAGGAUCUAGUGAUGGAUGUAGCUAGGUUUGUCUUUUUCCACGCAUUCUUUAAUGCUAAGAAAGCUACCCCAGACAUACCUGAGACAGAAGCCACUCUGUCAGUGCCCCUGGAUGAGAAGACCAGAGUCGUCGUCAUCAACUCCUUCUUUGGACUCCUGCAGCACAUGAACCACCUGCCUUUGCUGGGUGACUCCCCCGAGGUGGCGGCCCGCAACCAGAGGCAUGUGCAGGGUGUGACGGGUGACGGCUCCAUGUGGAUCUACUGCCUCGUGCAGUAUGCCGACACCCUGCUCAACCAGCCAAAGUAUGCCCAGAGCACCCAGCCCUUCAGCCCUGAGCAGAGACAGACCUGGGACAGUAUGCUGGCGUCAGUAAGGACUCUAAUGAAGAAAUCUAAGAAAGGCCAGACUCCAGAGACCUCUGCAUUCCAACAACUCUUCCUGCUGGUUGGCAUUCACCUGUUCAAGGCUCCAGAGGAUUUGGUGGACCUGAUGCAGGAUCUGCAGAACUGCAUGGAGAAAGCCCACGAAAAGAAGUCCAAGAAGAAGGCAACAGGUUCUGCAGGAGGAGAGGAGGAGCCCCACUGGGCUGAGGUUGUAGUGGACAUCCUGCUCUCACUCUUGUCCCAGCCCAGUAGACACAUUCGCCACGUCUGCCGGACUGUCUUCGCCAACAUCUGUCCCCACGUCACCGCCAGAGCCCUCACCGCCAUCUUGGAUGUUCUGGACCCAGAUAAAGAUGAGGAGGACAGUGCCGUCGUGGUAACGGAUGAUCAAGACAAAAUAAAGAAGAAGGACAUUAAAAAGAAAGGAGAGAAGGAUGAAGGAGAGAUCGAGAAGGAGGAACACUCGGAUGCAUCAGACGACGACUCUGAGGGUGAAGAUGAGGCCAUGGAGGAAGGGGGCGAGGUGGAUCAGAACUUCCGCAUUGAGCUGAUGAAGGUCCUACAGAACCAAGGUGCUCUGGCCACAGAAGAGGAUGGCAGCGAUAACGACGAACUGGACGAUGAAGCCAUGAUGAAGCUGGACGGCAGCAUCGCAGCGCUGUUCCUUGAACAGAAGAAGAAGAUGCAGGCUAAGAAGGAUGAGAAGGACAAGCUAAAAAAGGAAAAUACCCUCGUCAGAGACUUCAAGAUCAAGGUGCUGGACCUGGUGGAGGUGUUCCUGGCCAGGCAGGGCAGCAGCCCCCUGGUGCUGGGCAUGGUGGAGCCCCUGCUCAGCAUCAUCGAGAGCGGCAUGAGCUCUGAGAGCGACCAGCAGGAGCAGGACUUCCUCCGCAAGGCCGCAGACAUCUUCAAGAACCAGCUAUGCCGGGCCAAGCAGUACUGUAAGACUGUAGGUGACAGACAGGGGGAGCUCCACGACCUGCUGGAGAAACUCAUGACCAAAGCCCAGAAGCUCUCGGACUCCUCAGUGUCACUCUACUUCUUCAGUGCAUCUCUGUACCUGGUCAAGGUGCUGAGAGGGGGGGUGCCCGGGGCCUCCGCAGACAGCAAGACAAUUCUAUCAACUGAGGAGUUGAGGUUCAUGGGUAACGUGGACGUGGAGAGGGUGUCUGACAUCUUUAAAGGGGCUCUGCGCUCCUUCAUGACACGCAGGAAGAGCCCUCUGUCAGGCCUGAUGUUCAUCGACCUCUUCACCCGCUUCCCUGUUCUGUGUGUGAACCUAUUGGAGACUGCAGUGGAACACAUCACAACAGGAAUCAGAGAACACCAACAAAGCCAGGCUAGUGCCAUGGUGCUGCGGGGGCUGCAGAGCAGGGAGGUACAGCAGCUGUUGGCGGGCGACCCCUGGGCAGGGCUGCUUCAGAAGGCGGUGGGCCAGGUGGCAGCGAGUCUGGAGACUGUAGUUGAGACCGCUAAGAACAAGGUGGUCCAGGAGAAGUUGGUCAAAGCCCUGGAGCUUGGCCUGUUCCUGGUCAAAAAUGUCAACCAGCAGAAACUGUCUGUGGCUCUGGAGCCCCUCAAGAAGGUUCUUCAGUCCAUGAGAGAGGUCCUGGGCUUCAGAAAGACGGGGCAGAUGGAGGACACCUACUGGGCUGUCAUGAAACACUUUGGAGUCAUAAAGCCCAAACGGGACAGGAUCAGGAAAACCAAGGAGGACCAGGCUGAGCCGACCGCUCCCAAGAAGAAGAAAGGAUUCCUGCCCGAGACCAAAAAGAGAAAGAACCGCAAGAAGCAAUUGCCUGUCUCUGAGCAGGGGGCAACAGAUGCCAACACAGUCCCCUUGGGGAAACCAGAGGAAGGAAAGAAGAAAAGGAACAAAAAUAAGAAACAGCCAGGAGAAGAGACACUUGGACAGGGACUGGCCAAGAAGGCCAAGAUGACACAGUCUGCAAUCAAACAGAAGAAAAAGAAGCAGACUAUCUAGACUGUAUAUGUGUGUACGGGGCCUCUCACUCUAGUUUUGUAACUUUUCUGUUGAUAUAUUUUUCAUAAGGUCAGGGUGAGAGAGAGAGGUUUGUGGCCUGUGCUAGAUUGUCUCUAACCUUCUCGUCUAUGAACUAACAAGAUGUCAUUGGCCAGGAUUCAAUCAGGUUAUGCACAUUUUAAAAGACAUAUGCAACGUUUACCUUGAAAAGAUACAUGGUGUGAAUCCUGACCUUUUGGCAUUAUGCUAGUGCUUUGAUUGAUAUGUUAAAUGUGUUGUAUAACCUGAUGUGGAGAUGGGGCCUGACGCUCUGGUUUUGUAACUUUUCAUAAAGUCAUGUUGAGAGGUUUGUGGACAGUG